AUAGGGGUUUAUCAACUUCUAUUUUUGGCAUGUGCUAGUGCUACAUGUCCCAUUGUAGCAGCACUGCUUCCAUUACUAAGAUUCAAAAACUAAGAAAUGAUAGAGAGGGCCUAGAGAAAAUUAAGGCCCUUCUUCUUACAAUUUGUGUUUAUUGUUAUCAUCUUCUGUCGUCUGUUAUCUCAUGUCACCUUGGGGCACAAGGAACAUUUGCUAUCCCAAGUUCCAUCUGCUACUCUAAGUUAAGUAUGUUCUUCUGCUCACUCUCUUCUUCUCCGUCUUCCCUCCAUGAAUCCGGACUUUGAGAAAAUUGUUCCCAUGGAAUCAUUGUUCUUAAACUCUCUUAAAUUUGUUAAAUUUCCCCCCAUUGGCUUGAAAUGUGAUGCAAUCGCUUGGUCAUAUCUCGAUUCAGAAGUAGAUUUUGAUUUGGUAUUUUUAGAAGAGAUGGCAAUACUCUCUCCAUCACUUGUGAUACAUUGUGGAUGUCUGAACUGCGGAGUUGUGGAAUUAUCUAAAUUGAUGGCUACCAACCAUCAUACCUGUAAGAACAGAAUUGUACAGAGCUUUGGUAGAGUAGACAUGGGAAAAAGGAAUUUCUAUAGAAGAAAAGUUGCACAUAAUGCCAUGAAGUCCCCUUAUCAGAAUCGUGAUUUGAAAACAUUUGCAGACAGAAACAGUGGACAGGUGAAGGUUUUGGUUGGAAAGAAUGGUGUCCAAUAUGUGAGAUCAGGACUCAUAGGAAGACAUAUUUUUUGUGUGCCAGUUGGUUUUGAUCCAGGUUGUCCGACACCAUUGGAUGGUGCCUGGAACUUUGUGAGCUAUAGUUGUCGUUGCAAGAAAAAUGGAGAAGAAUUUCAUGCAAACCGUGUUCUUUUGGAUCCCUAUGCUAAAAUUAUUGGCAGUUCCAUUCCCAAUCUGCAUGAGUCUAGUUUGCUUCUGAAAUACCUUGGACGGCUAUGCAAGGAACCUGCUUUUGAUUGGAGUGGUGAUGUUUGUCCAAACUUCCCUGCAGAAAAAUUAGUGGUUUAUCGGUUGAAUGUAAUGUGUCCAAACUUAAAAGUUACAACAUUUAACGAUCUUGGCAUGAAUGCGACCCUAUUUGAGCCAAUAUUUACGUUUGAUGAGCAAAAAGGACCAUACUUCCCUUAUCAUUUCUUUUCACCAACAAACCUUUAUGGGCCUUCGAAUGCAUCUGUAACUGCCAUUGACUCAAUGAAGGAAAUGGUGAAGAAAUUGCAUGCUAAUGGAAUAGAGGUCUUGCUAGAAGUUGUCUUCACAGCUACUUCAAAGGGUGAGGCCCUGCAAGGGAUUGAUAAUGCAUCAUAUUAUCACAGGAAUGUAGUGGAAGAGUUGGAAGCAAGAAAUGCUUUAAAUUGUAACUAUCCUAUUGUCCAACAGAUGAUUUUAGACAGUCUUCGGCAUUGGGUGACUGAGUUUCACAUUGAUGACUUCUGUUUCAUCAAUUCUUCGUUUCUGUUGAAAGGGUUCCCAGGGGAAUUCUUGUCUCGGCCUCUUUUGAUUGAAGCAAUUGCAUUUGAUCCAGUACUUUCUGAGACCAAGAUCAGUGCAGAUUAUGUGAGGAACUUCAUAAGGGGUGCGGUUGCUAUUAGUGACUUUGCAACACAACUUUGUAGUAGUGUUGGCAUUUUCUUAGAUGGGCGAGGCCCUGCACUUUCUUUCAAUUUUAUAUCAAGAAAUUUUGGACUUACUCUUGUGGAGUCGUUCAGUUUUAGUAUGACUGAGUUGGCUUCAGAAUUAACUUGGAACUGUGGGGAAGGAGGACCUACAACUAAAAGUUCUCUCCUUGAAAGAAGACUCAAACAGAUUCAGAAUUUCCUCUUUAUUUUGUUUGUUUCACUAGGGGCUCCAGUUCUUAACAUGGGAAACGAAUGUGGCCAAUCUUCUGGCGGUUCCCCAUUUUAUGGCAGCAGAAAACUUUUUGAUUGGAAUAAGAGGAACUUCUUGAAAGAAGAAAAUAUCGAAUGGCAUGGAAGCAACGGGCCUCCACCAGGAUGGGAAGAACCCUCUUACAAAUUUCUGGCAACGACACUAAAGGCAGACAAACCCGAAAGUCAGUCCAACUCCAAGGCUUCUCAAGCAAUGGGUGAUCUCUUCAUUGCCUUGAAUGCAGCUAAACAUUCUGAGAAUGUCAUUCUACCCCCACCCCUAGAAGGGAUGGCAUGGCAUUGUUUAGUUGACACUGCUUUACCAUUCCCAAGGUUUUUCACCAUUCAUGGCAAGCCUGUCCUUGAGCAGAUGGUGGGAUUAGUCACCUAUGAAACGAAAUCUCACAGCUGCACUUUGUUUGAAGCCCGAGGUAAUGGUCUGCGGCAAACAUCAAUGUCAAUUGAUCUUUAAAGUGAAACCUUCUUGUAACUGCACCAAACCGGAAGUCCUUCUUCAGUCCGUAUCUGCACUUUAGAUUGACCUGCAAAGCCCCGAGAUGGAUCCUCGGGGUAGACACUCCGAUGCUUAAGUCAACAAUAAUCGGGGUUACCUUUG